CAGUUGCAAAUUAGAAGCUAUGCUGUGUGAGAGUCGCGUCGCGUCGCCCUUAAGAAAAUCUCAUCUCUAGUGAAUUUAUUUGAGGUGAGGCUUAAAAUCAGUAGUUGCAUCCGCAAGAGAUUUUCUUUCUCUUCUUACUAAUUUUACAUAAGAGACUGUGGUGUGAAGAACAUUGGAAUUGGUGGUGAAUUGUGAGGAAAGUCAGUGAUUUCCAUAGGAAAUUUUUGCUACAUUUCUUUAUGCAAUAUCACCAUUUCUUCAUCUUGUGAGUUUGGUUCAAAAAGCUUGUUGAUUUACUUCGGCCAUUCGGAGGAGAUCUGGUACCCAUUUCGAGACUACCUCUUGAGUGAGUGAGAGGAAAAAUAAGUGUGCUGAAGGAGAAUACUCUGUAGUGAUCGGUGUUAGUGGAUAAGUGAGUGGUCUUAACGACAUACAGCCAGCAGAAUUUUGGUGAAGAAAACAAACAAUCCAGUGGGAAAAGAUACUUAAGAUGAGGCAAACUUAUAAAAUGAAAAGUGAUCCAUCGAGGAGCUAAUUAAAAGUGUGUUGUGUUUUUAUUGGGGGGGUGGAGAAAGGUGUUUAGUGGACAAGAAAGUUUCUGCAGAAAUCAUCGCAGAAGCAUCAAAAUUUGGCAUAUAUUGUGAAAAAGAGAGCUGAUUUGUUUGGUGAAAAGUGGUCAAGAUGGAAUUGAAAGUUCUCCUCUUGUUCGCAAUCACCACUCUCAUGUGCCAAUUGGUUGCAACACAGUCAAAUGAAGGAAAUACGUCGGUAGUAUCUGAAUCUGUGCCCGAUCGAACGUCAGUUCUGCCACUACAAGUCUCCUCGAACAAUGCCACAUCUGUGGGGGUGGAUGUUAACCAAAAAGAUGACCAAAAAGUAGCAGAAAGUGGAGGCGCUCAAGAUGGCACGACUGAAAGCCACUCAUCACCUCCGAAUGCAGACAAAGACCCCGGAUCAAUGGCAGAUUCAUUAGCGUCCACCGAGGAAAGCAAAAAAGAUACAAUUGCCCCAUUAUUCCUCCCAACGACUGUUCGAAGUGAAACUGACACAGAAAGAAGUGCUACUACGGAUGGUGCAUCUCCAACGGAACCUGUUUCACAAAUUCAAGUCACUAAUCCAUCGACGAUGAUGACACCUCCGGCACAGGAAGCUCGAGGUCGAGCCAUCAAUUUCACUUCAAUGGAGACUGGGAAUGACGAUGGGCACCAGACCACACUAACUCCUGGCGACAUGUCCUCCACGGUCAAUCCGAUAAAUUAUGUAACGGCAGCAACAGGUGCUGCCACACGGAAGCCGAUUAUAGACCUCAGUGACGUCAGCAUGGAUGAAGAAGACGAGGAACAUAAUUCUGCACCAAUUACGCCCGUCGUCUGUAUGUUUGAGGGGCAGAGCUUCAAGCUGCACGAUGUUAGUGAUCGAGGAUGCGAUGAACGCUGCAUUUGCCGGGAAAAUGGUAAAUGGGACUGUUCACCGCGAUGCUCGGGCGUCUUCUUCAAACGAGGGAAGAUUCUGGAUGAUCCACACUGCCAUGAAAAACCAGCCGCUGAUGAAUGUUGUGCCGUAAUGGUGUGCUCCGAGUCGCUGGCAUCGGAUGAAAAGAUGGAAUUCAAAACUGAAGAUUCUAUGAAUUCGACUAUUUCUGAUGCUGGGAAGUGUAUUUACAAUGGGACUAUGUUCGCUUUCGGGGCUACCAUUGAGGAGGGAUGUGAGAAAAUCUGCAAGUGCCAGACUACAGGAGAGGUCACAUGCGAACCAAGAUGUCACAAAAUGAAUGAAACUUCCUCGGAUCAAUGCGUCAAAGUGAAGGAUCCAACGGAUAUCUGUUGUGAGAUUGAACUUUGUGAUGUCACGCUAGGAGAUGGUGAACCACCGGCAGGUGACAAGAGGGAUGAGCGGCCAUGUGAAUACAAAGGUCAGCAGUAUAAGAUCGGAGAGCAGUUCCAUAAUGGAUGCGAAGCUCUAUGCAUCUGUACUGAUGCUGGUGUCCAUUGUGCCAAGAUGGAAUGUCCCUCUCAUUUCGGAUUAGAUAUCAUAAAUCCUCACUGUCUCCAGUGGGAACCUGACCCAGCAACAUUCCGAGCCAUUGCGCCCAAAUGUUGUCCCGAAAAAAUGCGUUGUGUAGAUAAUGGAACUUGCGAAUACCAGGGACAGAUGUUUGAUAAUUGGUCCGAGAUUCCUACGAACCUCACCGGAUGUGAGCAACACUGUUAUUGCUCCAAGGGUACUAUUGAGUGUAGACCAGCUUGUCCACCAGUCCCAGCCUUACCUCCAUCACAUCUACCUUGCGAUCCAAGAACCGCCAGGAUUAUGCUGAUUCCCGAUGAUGAAUGCUGCAAACACUGGGCAUGUCCAAGUGAUCCUAGCAAAGGAAUCGGGCAUGAAGGAAUGAUAGUUGCACCAACACCGCCGCCACAGAAGGGGGUCGGUGGUGACAGAGACAACAAGUCCCAACCAUUCUAUCCUACAUCCGAUGGCAAAGCUCCAAAAGGAGUUGUUCAAGAUAAACCCGGCAAGAAGUAUCCCAAAGAGGACAAUAAGACCGAGAAAGUUCAAUCUCAUGAUCCCUUUGCCCAUCUUCUCGGUGAUCCCAAUAAAUUUGACUUUGUCAACUAUGACGAGGAUAUCAGGCAAAAUCAACCCGGUCCUGGGUAUUUCAAUCCAGGCACCAGCAAUAAGCACCAAUAUCCGGGACAAUACAGUCAGAAUCAGGGGCCUACGCAGGUUGUCGAGAAACCCCUACCACCAGAGUUAUUUAAUGUUUUGGGACAGAGUGGACAUAACUAUGGUCAGCAUCUCACAAUUGAACAAAUCCUGCAGCAUAUUCAUGCGGCUGAUGGAGGUGCCGGACCCCUGUUACAUGGGCAGAAUGUCAAUGUGCCAUACCCAUAUGGAGCUGAUGCGCAAGAUCAUCGCCUUCCACCACAUAGACCCGUUGUAGUUCCUCCUCCAGGUGUUCCUGCAGGAUUCCCAGCUAUUCAACCAAGCCUCCAAGUUCUAGCUCUAGAUGCCAUUGAUCCACGCACUGUAAGAAUAAUUUUUGUUGUUCCGGAAGUUUUUGUUGGUCUCCAUGGACGUGUGGAACUACUCUACACCAAUGGCCGAUCUAAUGACACGAAAACAUGGACAAGUCAAGUUUUUGCCCCUCCUCAAGACUUAAUAGCAACGUCCCAGAUGGAAUUUGAACUGCCGGGUUUGGAACCUAAUACCGAAUACAGGAUCAAGAUUACUCUUAUUCUGAGAGAUCUCAAUCCUCAACCCUCAAGCCAGAUUUACACCGUUAGGAUGCCAGCUGAGAGAACCAUAACUCCACCUUCUAACAUUGAUUACCAUCAACCCCAUAUAACUGAUGUGCUCAAGAAGGCAUCUGAUCCAGAACUUAGAGCUGUGGAGAGAAAUUCAACCAUGCUGAAGCUAGAGUGGAAUAAACUGGCUGAGGAUGAAAUUGAGUAUGUAGACGGAAUCCAAUUGCGAUAUAAGGAACAAUCCGGAAUGCUAUACGACGCUACUCCAUUGAUUCACAGGACCCUAACCACCUACACAAUUGAGAACCUCAAACCAGAUACCAGUUAUGAAGUUGGACUGUUCUUGAUUCCGUUUGCUGGACAUGGUGCUGAGCUCCUCGCCGGAGAAAUGGUGAAACUCAGUACCACAACUAAGAUCGAUAUGUUCGCUUUCGAAGUUAUCGUGAAUGUAACAAAGGUCAAGGCCAGCAGUGUUGAGGUAUCUUGGAAUGGUGUUCCAUAUCCGGAGGACAAGUUCGUCAAUAUCUACCGCGCCAUCUACCAGAGUGACGCUGGAAAAGAAGAUUCUAGUGUCUUCAAAGUGGCCAAGAGAGAUUCCACCCAGGGUGCAUUAAUCAUGGACCUUAAGCCAGGAACGAGGUACCGGUUAUGGUUGGAGAUGUACCUUACGAAUGGCAACAUCAAGAAGAGCAACGUGGUGAACUUCCUUACGAAACCAGGUGGUCCUGCACCUCCAGGCAAAACCGGAAAGUUACUAACAAGUGGGGAGACUGUAGAACCUACUGGUGACUACUACGGACCACUCGUGGUUGUUGCUGUUGUUGCAGCCUUAGCGGUGAUGUCAACGCUAAUCCUCUUGCUGAUCCUAACACGAAGGAGAGCCCAUCAAACUGCCUCAAUUACUCCUCCUAGGAAGAAUGAUGUCUCCUAUGAUAAUCCAAGCUACAAGGUUGAGAUCCAGCAGGAGACAAUGAAUCUGUAGGAAGAGCCUUGCUGGCUGCCUUCAUCAGAGGCCAGAUUCCGUCCAUAGACUCUGCAGCAGCAUUUUCCAUAAUUUUUCUAGUGAGCCCGCGUGAAUGCGAGAGUGAAUUUAGUGUGACUGUAUAUAAUUAUAUUGUAUUGAAGCUAUAUAAGAACCUAAACGAAGAACUCCUCAUCUUGAUGCAAGAAUUGUGUGUAUAUAUGUGAGACAGAAUUAUUUGUAAUAAAUUUGUAUACCAAGAA